AGUCUAUUUUGAAAACACCCCGAGGCUUGGCAAAUGUUGCCAGUAACUUCCUUGUGUCCUUCUUAAAUUUUCCAAAAGGUCUAAUAAUUCAUUUUGAAAUUUUCGUGUACAUCCUAACCACCAGGGAAUCUGGUCGAAAACGCAGAUUCUGACGUUGAGGCUCUGCGGUUAGACCUGAGAUUCUGCGCGUUUAACCAGCUCCCAGCCAUGACGUGACUGUCAGUCCAUGAGCCAAUCUUGGAGUAGUAGCCAGGAUGUCCACUCCAGGAAGCUGAAGUGAGACCUUGUCAGUCUCUUUAGUAAAGAGAGAGCUUUACAGAAAGGUUAGCCUGUCUUAGGUGGGGCUUGGCGACUCAGGCAGCUUCUUUAGGCUCUAAGGGCAAUCUUUGAGGAAGUGGGUUAUUUCUCUGCGCUGGCACCUCACUCAUUUCGUCCUCAGCAUCAACAUGAAAUGGGCGCUAUUAUUAUUCUGUAUUUCACAGGUGAAAGUGGGGCUCACAGAGGUAAGUAAAUCGCCCAAGGCUAGGAGCUUUGCAGGAGAGUUGCACGCAGAUCCACAUGACUGCGAGAGAGACAAAGCUUUCAACCAGCAACCUGCCGCUUGAGUUUCCGGGAAGGAGCGGCUGGCAGGGUCCAGAUCCCUGCCAGAUACACCUUAAGAAGUGCUUGUAGCUCCGAAUGGAGUUUGAAGACAAGCCAGAAAGCCCGUUGAACUAGGGGUCUGUCAAAGAGCAGGUGGGAAGCAAGGCUGAUGUCCCAUGAUGGCCAGUAACCCAUGUGCCAGGUAGCAUUCUAUGCCGACCUUGAAGGCCACCAGGAAGUCACUGGACAGAAAACUCUUCCAAGAUUAAACUUGGCUGUUGGAGCAACCUGGAAAAGAAGAAAAAAGCAAAACCAUGGCAAAAGUAAACAGAGCUCGGCCGGCCUCCCCUCCAGAUGGCGGCUGGGGCUGGAUGAUCGUGGCUGGCUGUUUCCUGGUCACCAUCUGCACCCGGGCAGUCACCAGAUGUAUCUCAAUUUUUUUUGUGGAGUUCCAGACAUACUUUGCUCAGGAUUAUGCACAAACAGCCUGGAUCCAUUCCAUCAUAGACUGUGUGACCAUGCUGUGUGCUCCACUCGGGAGUGUUGUGAGUAACCACUUAUCCUGCCAAGUGGGAAUCAUGCUGGGUGGCUUGCUUGCGUCUACUGGUCUCAUCCUGGGCUCAUUUGCCACCAGUCUGAAGCAUCUCUACCUCACUCUGGGCGUUCUUACAGGUCUCGGAUUUGCACUUUGUUACUCUCCAGCUAUUGCCAUGGUUGGCAAGUAUUUCAGCAAACGGAAAGCCCUUGCUUAUGGGAUCGCCAUGUCGGGAAGCGGUAUUGGCACCUUCAUCCUGGCUCCUGUGGUUCAGCUCCUCAUUGAGCAGUUCUCCUGGAGGGGAGCAUUACUCAUUCUUGGGGGCUUCGUUUUGAAUCUCUGUGUUUGUGGUGCCUUGAUGCGGCCAAUUACUCUUAAAGAGGACCGGACGACACCAGAGCUGAACCACGUCUGUACAACUCAGAGCGAAGACUUUGAGCGGCCUUCUCCCUAUUCACCUCUGACCAAAAACUGGACACAGACUUGCCUCUGCUGCUCUUUGCAGCAGGAGUACAGUUUUCUACUCGUGUCAGACUUCGUUGUGUUAGCCAUCUCUGUUCUGUUCAUGGCUUACGGCUGCAGCCCUCUCUUUGUGUACUUGGUGCCUUAUGCUUUGAGUGUUGGAGUGAGUCACCAGCAAGCUGCUUUCCUUAUGUCCAUUCUGGGGGUAAUUGACAUUAUUGGCAAUAUCACAUUUGGAUGGCUGACCGACAGAAGGUGUCUGAAGAAUUACCGGUAUGUGUGCUACCUCUUUGCCGUGGGAAUGGAUGGGCUCUGCUAUCUCUGCCUUCCAAUGCUUCAAAGUCUCCCGCUGCUUGUGCCUUUCUCUUGUACCUUUGGCUACUUUGAUGGUGCCUAUGUGACCCUGAUCCCAGUAGUGACUGCAGAGAUGGUGGGGACUGCCUCUUUGUCGUCUGCACUCGGUGUGGUGUACUUCCUUCACGCAGUGCCGUACUUGGUGAGCCCACCCAUCGCAGGGUGGCUGGUAGAUACCACUGGCAGCUACACGGCAGCGUUCCUUCUCUGUGGAUUUUCAAUGGUAUUUAGUUCUGUGCUGCUUGGCUUUGCUAGACUUGUAAAGAGGAUGAAAACAACCCAGCUGCAGUUUCUUGCCAAAGAAUCUGACCCUAAGCUGCAGUUGUGGACCAAUGGAUCAAUGGCUUAUUCUGUAACAAGAGAAUUAGACCAGAAAGAUGGGGAAUCUAUGGCUACAGCAGUGCCUGGUUACCACCCCACCUGACCAAUGGCCUUGAGCCUGGGAAUCUUCAGUGUUGAUCAAAGUGGGGCCACAUGAUUACUCAUGUUUCUGAAGCAUUUUAUUUUGGCAGAGCAUUGCCUUCCAAGGACAUUAUUACUGUUGUUUUAUUAACAUAUUUAUAAGGGAAAAUAGAGAAUAAUAAAGAAAGGUGGUCUAGCCCAGAGUUUGCUCAUUUGGGGUUUGUACUCAGAAUUGAGCUUACAUCUUUUGGGCAAUGAGCAUUGCUCCAUGGGGAAUGUAAGAACACUACUGAUGUAAUCAGCUGUAAUGAGGUGUAAUUUCCAGGCAUAACUAAACCAAAUGACACUGGGCAGCAGCUUUGUCCCAAAGUCUCUGUCCCUACACACCCCCCAGUUAGAAGGUGAACGAAAACACUGACAUGUAGGUUUGCUUACAUGGGUCAUUAUGAAAGUUUUGAGAUACACAAAAAUUCAGAAGUGUACUAUCCACACAGAUGGAAACGAAUGAAGCCCUCCCAGCAACACUAAUAAGCCAAGCAAAAUUUGCAUGGGUGAAUGAGAAAGGACAAUGUUGACUGUGUGUUUCUUGGAAGGGAAAAAAUGGCCCAUAACAAAGUCUAUCUCAAAACUUUGGUAGUGAACUGUGUAUCUUUUGCUUUUUGGGGGGGAGGGGCAGUGGUCAGCUUGGGUAUGACAGUGGAGAGUGAAGAUGUGAAGUCUUUUUCAUAGUGGACUUCCUCAUUAGUGUUUUGGGUGGGGUUGUUAAGGAAUAUUUGAGAUUCCUCAAAAGCUGAUAAUUAAUAUAGAAAGAAAGAGAUUAUCUCCCCUCACCCCCACCAUUAGUAUUCCAGCCAGUCCAUACCUCUCCCAGUGGAUAGGUACCACUAUAGGAAUCCAAAGAAUCAUGGAGUGCCAUAGUUGGAAUAGAUCUUAAAGGGUGACUGGUAAGAACUUCUCUUUGAAAUUGUCCAUGGGAGGCUGGGCACCUGUAGCUCAAGUGGCGAGGGAGCCAGCCACAUACCCUAGAGCUGGCGGGUUCGAAUCCAUCCUGGGCCUGCCAAACAAUGACAAUGACACCAAAAAAUAGUUGGGCGCUGUGGUGGGUGCCUAUAGUCCCAGCUAUUGGGAGGCUGAGGCAAGAGAAUCACUUAAGCCCAAGAGUUUGAGGUUGUUGUGAGCUGUGACACUACAGCACUCUACUGAGGGCGACAUAGUGAGACUCUGUCUCAAAAAAAAAAGAAACGAAAAAAGAAAUUGUCCACUGGAAACUGAAAGCUCCUUACAUAAAACUGUGUCCCAGGUGCUCACCCCUGUUACAAUACUAUUACAUACCAUGCUCACUUUCAAUUUAGCAAACAUAUCUGGCCUCAAGGGCAACCUCUCAAUCUUACCUGAAAUGUUAACAAAAAUACAGUUUCCUUUGGUUUUACUUCAGAAAGAAAUCUCUGUUUAAACUGCAGACACAUUCAUAUCAGGAACAGAAAAGUGUUGGCAGUAUUCCAGUUGGGCAGGAAUUGAAUUCUUGAGUCAGCAGGUCUCUGGUGAGUGUUUGCUUUGCAGAUCAGACAUUUAAGUUCAUCAUUACUCGAAACAGGAUUGGGAGAGGCUGUUACCUGAAAAAUAUUAUCCUAGAGAUUUUCUAAAGGUGAGAUUCUUUUCUCUCUGUGUUCUUAUUCCAAUGUCCACUGCUCUUCAUCUCUUUAUGAGUAAUAAUUAGAAACUUAACUCCUUGGA